UCUUCCUUCCUAUUGAGACUGUGUUGAACCUUGUUACAGUGGUGCCGAAAACCCGGGAAGGAAGAAGAGCAUCGCCGCCAUGCAAUCUCCGUCAGGUACGCCAUUUGCGGACAUCAUCCAGUCGCUCGCCGGUCUUCAUCAGGAACAACAUCAACACAUGCUGGCGAUCAAGGAGGAGCAGGACAAACGCUUUGAGGCGCUCCUCCGGGCCCAGCAUGAAGACCGCGAGCUAUUCCGGAGCUGGGUAGACCGGGAGGCCCGGGCCACCCCUUCGUUUAAAGACCAGACAUCUCCUCUGCCGCUCAACAAGAUGGGGCCUCAGGAUGACCCGGAGGCCUUCCUGGACCUGUUUGAAAAAUCGGCAGAGGCUCGAGGGUGGCCCCCUGCGGACUGGCCCCUGCGGCUCAUUCCCCUGCUGUCCGGGGAAGCGCAGGUGGCCGCUCACCAACUGCCAGUCCAAAACCUCCUGGCCUACCAGGACCUCAAGCGUGCCAUCCUCCAGCGGGUCGGUCGGACUCCGGAGCAACAUCGCCAGAGGUUCAGGACUCUAACCCUGGAAGAGUCUGGCCGGCCCUUCGUGAUGGCACAGCAGCUCCGGGAUUCCUGCCGCAAGUGGUUGAUGGCCGACAGUAGCGACGUCGAGGACGUGAUCGAUCGUGUGGUACUGGAGCAGUUCGUGGCCAAGCUGCCAAGGAAGACAGCGCAGUGGGUCCAGUGCCACCGCCCGACGUCGCUGAACCAGGCCAUCCAGCUGGCGGAAGACCAAAUGGUGGCGUGUCCAGGGGUCGGCGACCCCUUACCAUCUGCUUCUCUCUCUCCUUCUCUCUCCUCCCCUCCCCUCUCUCUCCCUAAAUCUGUCCCUCUCCCCAGGUCCCGUGGGGGGCUUCCGUCGAAGCUAGCCCCGAGGUGGAGGACGAAUUACGGGGCUGAGUCACCAGCAGGUCCCAGGGCUCCUCCCAGGGGUGGGACCUCGCCCAUGGGAUCCGUUCCCCAGGCCCCGGCCUCUCCGCUCUCUCCUCGCCAAUCGCUUGACCUACUUCCUGCCGCCAAGGUGGCGGUAAAGUCUGGGCCGGCCUGUUGGCGUUGCGGGGACCCAGGGCAUUUUAUCGAUAGGUGUCCGGUGAUGGAAGUGGGGACGUUGAUCCGGGUCCCCGACGCGCCAAAGGCUGCCCUCGAUCAGGCUGGCUUAUACCAAAUACCAUAAUUGGCGUGGAGAGACCGGAUAUAAGCCGAGUCACCGCAGAGAGAAGGAGAGAGAGACACGCUGGGACCUUGUCCUGCACUAGGGAAGCUACAACAGUGCUUUAAAGUUAUUGAAGUUAUUGACCGUGUUUAAGCAAUCGUUUGCUGUCUACGCCCAGAGGGCAUCGUGUUUUUCUUAUUUUGUAUUACUGAAUAAACGAGUGUCCCAGCAACAAGCCGACCCCUGCC